AUGAAAGCGUGUUCCUCUGCCACACUCUGCGGUCUCCUUCUCUGGGCUGCGGCCUCCCUCUCGAUUGUUGGUUGCGCUGAGGACUCGCCCGUCGUUGUGGAUGGCGCUUCAACGACUGCUUAUGAGAAUUUUCUUCAGGAGCUUGUCUCCAGAAAGCUCCGCCGAGGACCGCGAAAUCGCUUCCUUGCCUACCCUUCUCAAUUCCAAGGAAAUAGUUCCUCAAAAGAGGAAGCCGAUCUUGUUCGGCUCCCGGGCUGGGCUCUUCCCGGCAUCGUUCUGGAUCUUCUCGCGAGCUAUGGCAUCAAGAAGAAACAUGAAAUAUUUUUGCAACUGCUGGGGAAAAUGAGUUCAGAAUUGGAUUUGUUCGAGAGGGAGUUAACGGCAGGUGACACGACCGACUGUAUUCCAGCGGCACUCAAGAGAGCAACGCAGUCUCUUCUUAUGAGCCACCGACUGUGCCCACCGACAACACAGAAGGACCGCGAUGACACUCUUUAUACCGAAACGGUACUGGAGGUUUUUGGGAAUUAUUUGGAUACCGUUUAUGCUGAUGAUAUCCUGGCGGUCGAGGAGCGGGCGGACAUUUCUUCGCCAAGGACGCAGUCUGUGGAGCACAGAAACCCAAAAAAGUUGGGACUGUGGGGAGACACCUCCACCGACGACUGUCAUGCGCCAGAAGCUCCUGAAUCUCGUUACUACCUCAGAGAUUCUCCUCACAAAGGUCAAACUCUGGCCGCUCGGGAAACCCUAGCCGCGGUGGACAAACCUCCCGGACAUCAGGCACAACCUAUCGCAGCUGAAAAAGAACCAACCGAUGCCAAGAGGUCAACAGUGUUCUUGAAUGAACCGAACACGCGGUAUGUUCAAGACGGUCCACGUGGCUCCGAGGUAUUUUUAGCUUCUGCAAAAGACCGCUCUCCUGUAUUAUCCACUCACUCAUCUACUCAACCCCACAAUGGUUUUCGCUCCUCGUUGCCGAUUUCAUCGGUGGACUUACCUUUUAGUCUGCUUCCUCAAACCAUUCCCAAUGCCUCGUCUCCUUUGGAGUUUACCAUUACGAAAGAGGCAGCUACAGACGCUGUAGCGCCUCUGGCUCGUGCAAUUGUGCGCAAUUCUCUAGUGCCGGCAGCCUCCCCGCUUCCUCAUGCUGCUGCAGAGGAUGUUGGGAUCCAAUCACGAGAACCGAUGGGAAUUGGCUACGACGGACAUGUUUUAGAGAAGGAAACAGGCACUCCACCAAACCAAUAUGACACGAAUAAGUCUGUAGGUUCUGAAACUAUGGAGACCAUUAUCACAGAGUCCGGGGGCCGCCAAGGGGGAACAGCUACGACUGUUUCGCCGUCUUCGUCUGCGGCACCGCUUCAGAAUUCGGCUCCUGCGACCGUUCCUGAGGCUGUGCGGAGCGAGGUGAACGAUGGUAAAACCUUACGCAUAGCAGCUGGGACCAUGGCAUCAUCAUCGACUAUAUCACUGCAACAGCGCCAGUCCACCCACCAAGCAAGGGAACAAGAUCAUCGAACGGAAGGACACGCACCUGAAGGGUUGCUAAUAAUGCAGAGGACAGUACCAGACAGCUCGUCAACACAAACGCAAGCCUUUGCUAUCGACAAUGCAAUUCCUCUUGUGCUCGCUGACAGCAAAAUUUCAGACCACAACAUGACUUCUACCGAACGCUCCUCAACUUCGCGACCUGUUUCUGCACCUUCUCCACCUUUGACUCAGGAAAAGGAACCUUCAGCGUCGAUUGGCACACAAGCUGUUGCUGGGCCAUCCGGUAGUUCCGCCUUUCAGGCUGCCUCGUCUCAGUUACCCCUGCCGAUCAUCCCCACGCGACAAUCUGUUUCAACGGUAUCUUACAAUAUACCCGCUCUUCGGGUGCUGCAAACCAUUUGCAAGAACAACGUCGUUACCUGCAAACGUGAUUUCGCUCAGGGAGUUGCGGAGCUGCUCGAGUAUGGGAGAAACCGUCUCCAAAAGCCAGAUCCGAGUAUGGACAAAGUACUCGAGUCUCAAGACACACCCUUCACGAGGACUCGUGGGAACCAAGGUUCGCCACGAGUUGCAGUGGUCUCCGCCACUCCCAGCGGACGCAACACGGAAAUAAGCUAUUCAAUCGAGCAAGACGAAAGGUUGGAAAGUGCAAGACUUCUCCAGAAGUUGUGGGAAGAAGUUAAUGGGUGUGUCGAGAACCGAAGCAAGCCAAUAUGUAGCGAAACACAGGCUGGCAGAAUGACAGCUUCUCUUGGACUCCGGGUUAGCGUCUUAGGGAUCAAGAAAGUGGACACGAACUAA